AUGCAGGGAUCAAUGUUUUAUGUUUUUCUCUAUACCCAGGUGCUUCAUGUCCAAGGAACCAUCUUCCCAGCUCCAAACUUCAACCCUGUGAUGGAUGCACAAAUGCUAGGGGGAGCACUCCAAGGAUUCGACUGCAACAAAGACAUGCUGAUCGACAUCCUAACAAAACGCAGCAAUGCACAGCGGCAGAUGAUAGCUGGGGCCUACCAGAGCAUGUAUGGCAGGGACUUGACUGCAGAUCUGAAGGAGCAACUUUCAUCUCACUUCAAAGAAGUGAUGGUGGGCCUGAUGUAUCCCCCGCCAUCUUAUGAUGCCCAUGAACUCUGGCAUGCCAUGAAGGGUGCAGGCACUGAUGAGAAUUGCCUCAUUGAAAUAUUAGCUUCAAGAACAAAUGGGGAGAUUUUCCAGAUGAGAGAAGCCUAUUGUUUACAAUAUAACAAUAACCUUCAAGAGGACAUUUAUUCAGAGACCUCGGGACACUUCAGAGAUACUCUCAUGAACUUGGUUCAGGGAACUAGGGAGGAAGGAUACGCAGAUCCUGCAAUGGCUGCUCAGGAUGCUAUGGUCCUGUGGGAAGCCUGCCAGCAGAAGACGGGGGAGCAUAAAACCAUGCUGCAGAUGAUCCUAUGCAACAAGAGCUACCCACAGCUCUGGCUGGUUUUCCAGGAAUUUCAAAAUAUUUCUGGCCAAGACAUGGUGGAUGCCAUCAAUGACUGUUACGAAGGCUACUUUCAGGAGCUCCUGGUUGCAAUUGUUCGCUGUGUCCAGGACAAAGCAAGCUAUUUUGCUUAUAAAUUAUACAUGGCAAUCCAUGACUUUGGCUUCCAUAACAAAACUGUCAUUAGGAUUCUAAUAGCCAGAAGUGAAAUCGACCUGAUGACCAUAAGGAAACGUUACAAGGAGAGAUUUGGAAAAUCCCUGUUUCAUGAUAUCAAAAAUUUUGCUUCAGGACACUAUGAGAAAGCACUUCUUGCCAUCUGUGCCGGUGAUGUGGAAGACUACUGA